GGCAGGAAGUGGGCGGUGAAAGCAUUGCGUCUGUCAGUGUCCGAGGCUGCGAGGCUCGCUUCCGGCGUCAUGGCUCAAAGGGCCUUCCCGAAUCCUUAUGCCGAUUUUAACAAAUCCCUGGCCGAAGGCUACUUUGAUUCUGCCGGGAGGCUGACCCCUGAGCUCUCACAGCGUUUGAACAAUAAGAUUCGAGAGCUGCUUCAGCAAAUGGAGAGGGGCCUAAAGUCGGCAGAUCCUCGGGAUAGCACCGUUUACACUGGCUGGGCAGGUAUCGCUCUGCUUUACUUACAUCUCCAUGAUGUGUUCGGGGACCCCGCUUACCUCCAGAUGGCCCAUCGCUAUGUAAAGCAAAGUCUGAACAGUCUGACCAAGCGUUCCAUCACCUUCCUCUGCGGGGAUGCAGGCCCCCUGGCCGUGGGCGCGGUGGUGUAUCACAAGAUGAACAAUGAGAAGCAGGCGGAAGACUGCAUCACCCGGCUAAUUCACCUAAAUAAGAUUGACCUCCGUGCUCCAAAUGAAAUGCUCUAUGGACGAAUGGGCUACAUCUAUGCUCUUCUCUUUGUGAAUAAGAACUUUGGAGUGGAAAAGAUUCCUCAAAGCCAUAUUCAGCAGAUUUGUGAAACAGUCUUAACCUCUGGAGAGACCCUAGCCAGAGAGAGAAACUUCACAGCAAAGACUCCACUGAUGUAUGAAUGGUACCAAGAAUAUUAUGUGGGGGCUGCUCAUGGCCUGGCAGGAAUUUAUUACUUCCUGAUGCAGCCCAGCCUUCAAGUGAACCAUGUGAAGUUACGGAGUUUGGUCAAGCCCAGUGUAGAUUAUGUCUGCGGGCUGAAAUUUCCUUCCGGCAAUUAUCCUCCUUGUGUGGAUGAUAGUCGAGAUCUUCUAGUGCACUGGUGCCACGGCUCACCCGGCGUGAUCUACAUGCUCAUCCAGGCCUAUAAGACAUUCCAAGGGGAGCAGUAUCUCAACGACGCCUGUCAGUGUGCCGACCUGAUCUGGCAGUACGGAUUGCUGAGGAAGGGGUACGGGCUGUGCCACGGCACUGCGGGGAAUGCCUACGCCUUCCUCGCGCUCUACAACCUCACGCAGGAUAAGAAGUACCUGUACAGGGCCUGUAAGUUUGCUGAGUGGUGCUUAGAUUACGGAGAACACGGUUGCAGAACACCGGACACCCCCUUCUCCCUCUUCGAAGGAAUGGCUGGAACAAUCUAUUUCCUGGCUGACCUCCUAGUGCCCACAAAAGCCAGGUUCCCUGCGUUUGAGCUCUAAAAGGAAAGCCCGCCCCCUGCCACUCACUGCAUGAACCUUCUCCGUAUAGCAAACCUGGACUGAGUGCUUUCACUGCUUUUCGAGGAAACAUACAGUCAAACCCUGUACUCCAUUUAGUUGAGUUGUUUUUUCAGAACCUGUCUUCAGUUCCUUUUGUUUAUCAUUUACUUUUACUUAAAAGUAUCCAAGGAAAUCUUUUAACAUUAAGCUCAAUUUCUUCCUAAAGGUAGGAUGAGUGAUAUGUACAGUGUUUUGAGGGCAUAGGUGUAUAUAUUUUUCAGAACUUGGAGGAAAUCUCUUACUUAAGCUUAUGAAUAUAACUAUCUGUUGCUGUUCUAAAAACGUUUAAAGGAAACUAAAUGUAGAUAAAGAUAAAUAUAUGGUUAUUGGUGGUUAUUGCCCUCCACCUUUAUAGUAUUUUUCCUCCAAUAAGGCAGACAGUUUUAUGACUGUUUCUCUUUAGGUGGUUGAUUGUGAAAGGGGACAAAAAUAUUAACUAUAUGCUUCUGAAACAAAAGUUGCAAGAGUUGCAGACUAGUUUAAGGACCUAAAUACCGUUCUUCAAAUUCACAAUGCUGGUUUAACUAGAGAUAAAGAUACUUUCAGAUUUGCUUCUUUUUGGUAGUAAAGCAUCCAGGCUCUGUAAGUCAACAUUUUUAUCAGAAAGUUCUCAAAUGCAGUGCUGGUUUUGAAAAUUCUGAUUUGAAGGUUAAUUCAAAUAAUCUAACAAAAAGUUUAUUGUUUUUUCUAAAAUAAGCGAGUGUAUUUUUGAACUGUUUAUUUAAAUCUGCUUGUUCUUUGGAAUUAGUAUAAGAUCAGGAGAUGAGUUGUGAGUUGAAUGUGUUGUGACUUGGGAUUUGAGUCCACCCUGUCCUCCUGACCUUCUAAACUUUGACUUGUGUUUUACUUCCUUGGCAAUGACUCUGCUUUAGUGCUCGCUGUUUGGUACAAGCCAUAGAUAUUUUCCUUCCUUUCAAUCUAUCUGGAUGUUUGUCUUUUCACUCAAUAGUACGUACUCUACAUCUCUUUAAAAACGGGGGAGGAGGGCUAUGUAGCCAAUAACUUGAACAAAACACUAAGCUUUCCAUAGAAAUGCUGUUUAUUUAGGAGGGAUAAUUCAGUGAAACUGUUGAGAACAAAUAGAUCCUAUCUCUUUGCAUAUCCUAGGCUUAACAUUCCUUAAUUUCUGAGCCCUUGGGAUCGGGAUCAUGUAUUUACAUGGUAGAUGAAGGAUCCCUGGUGCUUCACAUUCUGUAUAAAUAUUCCGACUCAUCAGCUUCCCCUCUCCUUCCUUCCUUCCUUCGCUGCCCUUCCCAGGCUGGUGUCAUCCUUUCUGUAUGUUUCAACUGAUUUUAGAACAUUUUGCAUCUUUACGAAACAGGGUCUAAGAAUUUUAAAUGUGCCUAUUUCAUGGCUUUCUCGGUCACAAAAGCAUGCUGUUUUUAUUUUUACUUUGAACCAAAUCCCACUGGGUAUAUGUUGGUUCCUGUGGAUAGUAGUCCCCUAUUAUUUCGCAUUCAGCACCAAAAUAGCUUACGUUAUUGGAAGUUGUCUGACCCUUUAAAGGCUACCAACAGAAGGACCUAAAAAAACAGCCCACUGCUGAGUUCCUAGGAUUAGCUUAUUCCUCUGUGACUCACGCCAGUUGGGCAAACCUUGUGCCUCUCAGACGUCUGAAAUGCCUCCUGGUGAGCUGUGCCUGUCUCCUGAAUGGUUCCCAUGAGCCGUGGUGGCAUUUAUAGUAAAGCUAAUUUGCCUUGGGCUGGGUGUCCAACAUGAAAGAAUAAAAACCACUUAGUUUAAGUUAUAUGUCUCACUAUACUGUGCCUGUACUUUCAGCUUUUGUAAUUACUAGCCAAGGGAAAGAGAGCAAAACACACUUUCUCUUAGCCAGAGGAAGCUUAGUCACCAUACGUCUCCAAGCAUCUUGAUUAACUUAACCCGGGGAAGACUUCAAGGCAGGGAGAAGAACAUUUUGAAUAAGAUUCUUGUUAAUAUUUAGAUUUCAGUUUAAUUACUGCCAUCCAUCCAUUAACAAAUUCAUCAAUACAAGCACAAUUCUGGAUUCAUUUUUUUCUUUAGCUUUUUAGGACUUACUAAACUGGCAGGAUUUUCUCUUCAUGCCAUCAUGUUUUCUUUAUGGUUAAGAGGUAAGAAAAUUUGAUAGGAUUUUAAACUCAAGCAAAAGCGAUAAAACAGAGACCAAUGCCCUAACACCAUGGUGGAAACUGAGAAACUUACCAGCUUUCUUAGUUUUAUAAGGAAAAGGCAUCAUUGCAGUUCUAUUUCUGUUACAUCAUUUUCCCUCAGAUA